AUGUAUGGGGAGCGGUUCACGCUUGAGAGCGACCACCAACCGCUCAAGUGGAUCCUCACCAACGGUAAGCUGACGGGCAAGAUGGCAAGGUGGGCCUUGAUGCUCAGCGAAUUUAACUUUGAGGUUGUCCACCGGCCGGGGAUAGACAAUGAGAUGGAUUGUCUAAGUCGGUUUCCACAGGAGAGCGCGGAGGACUGCGCAGGGGUGCGCCAGGAGGGGGAGCUGGAGGAUCGCUUCGUAUGGCCGGCGGCCAUGUGCUUGGCAUGGAUGCCCCUGAGGCAAGGCGCGCGGUUUGUGGUGCGCGGGACGGGGGAGCCUGUGGUGGCGGCGGCGGCGGCCCUCAGGUCCGAUGUGACGGUGUCGGGUGAGCAGCAGCGCAGGGCAGGGACGCAGGGAGCAGCGCUGGGGAGGCGUGUGGAGCUGGGAGACGGGCGGCAGGAACGCAGCCAGGAGGCGGUGGCCGGGGGGGCGCUGCCAAGGCACAGGGCAGGCGCGUCAGCCAGCGAGUCCAGAGCGCGCGCAGCAGUGGCGGCGUCAGGCGGCCAGCUGGGAGGGCGCCAGGUCCAGGAGCCGGAGCGCGCGCUGAGCCAGGAGCGCAGCCAGGGGCGCAGCCAGGGGGCGGUGACCGGGGGGGCACUGCCGAGGCGCAGGGCAGACGCGCUAGCCGGUGAGUCAGGAGCGCGCGCGACAACGGCGGCGCCAGGCAUGCAGCUAGAGGGGCGCCAGGUCCAUGGGCUGGGGCGCGCGCUGGGACAAGACGCUGGCGCGGAGGCGCAGGGAGUAGAGGUGGAGUGGGGUGGGCCCCACCCUGGGGUCCAAGCGGCAGGUGCGGCUGAGGUCUGGGAGGAUGCACCGCUGUUGGCGCUACUCAGGGGGUCAGGAUUUGCCCCCUCAGCAGAUCGCGCAGAGCGCGAUCGGCUGAGCACCGAGCGCGACAGUAUGGGUGGGCGGGAACCCAUCUGGUGCGGCGAAUGGAUGGAGGGGGCGAGCGGGUGGUGCCCCGAGUUGGGGAGCGGGAGCGGCUCAUCCGGGACAUCCACGAGCGGGCCGGGCACUUCGGGGUCAAGAAGACCCUGUCUCUUCUUGCCCCGCACUACUGGUGGCUGGGGUUGGCCACCGACGUGGCGAGGGUGGUCCGGGGCUGCCAACGGGUUGAGCGAGCGGGUCGUGGGGUUGGUGAAGCGGGCCCUGCGCAAGUGGUGUUUGGGGCAUGCGUCUGAAGAGUGGGAUGCCUACUUGCCAUGGGUGGCAAUGGGCUAUAACUUCAGUGCUCAGGCAUCCCUGGCUGGCUUCUCCCCGUACCAGAUCCUGUUUGGUAGGGAUCCCGUGGUCCCCGGGGCAAUCAAGGUGGCGCUGGAGGAGCCGCUGGAUCUGGAUUGCCCGGAGCGGUUGAGGGCGCUGGUGGCGCAGCGGGCCGCGCUGUUCGGGAGGUGGAUGCCCAUGGCGAUGGGCAACCUCCAGAUUGCGCAGCAUCGCGACACGCUGCGGUACGCCAAGACGCGCAGCGGGGCAUGGAAGCCACAGCUUGUCCAGUACGGGGUGGGGGAUUAUGUUUAUCUCCAGCGGGAGAUGCUAGACACGCUGGACACUAGAGCAGGUGAGCGUGUCCUGCGGGUGCGGGCUGUGGGGGCAAAUGGCGUCCUGGAGCUGGAGGGGGCGGAUGCGAGGACAGUCCGGGUUCACGUGGAGCGGUGUGCCCCGUGUCACCGCCCCGAUGUGGACGGGAGGAUGGACCCGAGGGCGGCGGUUCCUCCGCCAGACUUCGCGUGCACGAGGUGUCGGAAGGCGUCGGGGGCAGCCAGGAUGCUGCUGUGUGACGGAUGUGGGGCAGGGUGGCACUUGGAGUGCCUGGACCGGCCCCUGUCGGCAGUCCCAGAGGGGGACUGGUAUUGUGUGCGGUGCCGGGGGGCACAGGACUCACUGGGCCAGAGGCCAGCAGCUUUAUAG